GGUGUAGUUUUCUUUUAACUGUUGGCAUUUUCAAAGGGAUAUUACAGUGAAAAAAAAAUAGUUUUGAAAGCCAUAAAUGGUUCCUUUAACUGUUUGCAUUGCAUUGUCAAGCUGUACAAAUACAAAGCAGAAAGUGUUCCAACAGUACAGAUUCAGUGCAAAAUGCAGCGCGAAUUCAGGGUGUCCCAGCAGUAAAUGCACACAGUUCCAGAAGUGCAAUUGUGAAGACUCAGUGUCCAAACAGCAAAGAAUCGGAGUGCCACAGUGUCUGAGCAGAGUUCUUCAUAUGGUUGAAGUAUAGUGGGGAUAAAAUCAUGUGUUUAGACUGGGCAUGCAUCUUAUGCAAAUAUAAGGAACUGGAUGGUGAAAAAUACACGGCAGAAAUGUUUUAGUCUGUUAAUAAACCAAAGCAUGGGGGUAAAGUUCAUUAUUUAGCAAACCAAACAUUGGGUCAAAGUUACACAGGAGUUGCUAAAGAUAGAAAAGGUGAAUGUCCAAAUAGUGCAGAGGGUGGCUGUGAUGCCGGUGUUGUAAGUCAGUUGCCAAGGUUGUGGCUGGAUACUCAGUCUCCAGGUGCUUGCAAUGUGUUUCUACGAUCGACUACAUGUAAGGGUUAAUCACAUGCUAAUUUCCAUUCUUGGAUAUUUGGUUAGGACUCCAUAAAACCAGAUAAUGUGGCAGUGUGCUUCUCUGUGGAAGAGUUAGAGUCUUUUGAAGAAAGGCAAAAGGAAUCUUGCAAGAAUGUAAUGAGGGAAAUUCAUCAGACCCCCACCGUAGUGGGUUACAUCUAUGUGAAGCCUGAAACUGUAUCCCUUAUUCGCAGAGGAGAAGAGCUGUGCGUGAGUAGUAAUUUGUACUCAAGAAAACAAGAACUAUGUACAAGUCCUCCAUCAGGUGGAUGUGGAAGUAAAUCAGACAGUAAUGGGGGUCUGUUACACUCUCAGAUCAAAAGGCCCCAUAGUGCAUCCCAAGUUAAAAGCAUUAAAGGAGACUCCCCACAAAGUUUGCCUCAAGAGCCCACACUGAGUAUAAGAGGAAUCCUAGCUAGGAAACCACGUAUUAUUAUCCCAACUGCAAAUCCCGUUAAAGAACACAUGAUCCCCAAAAGGAACGUACAAGUAAUGGAGGAAAAGAGCAGUGAAAUAGCUACUGGUACUCAAAAGACACACAUAAGAAGGAGAUAUUUUAAAAGGGCUAAAAGUACAAGUGUGGACCAAGUACGAGAUGAAACUGUCUCCUAUACUGAACAUAAAGCAAACAAGAGACCAGAGGCUAACCGCGCAAAAAUUCCUAAGCCCCCUAAAGUGUAUUCGUGUUCUGAUUGUGGGAAAACAUUCACUCAGAAUGCAAGCCUCAUUAUUCAUCAUAGAACCCACACAGGCGAAAGACCCCAUGCCUGUAAGAUAUGCGGCAAAAGUUUCAUUAGCAGCGCCUACCUCAUAAUGCAUCAGAGAAUCCACACAGGGGAACGUCCAUAUGUAUGCAAGGAAUGUGGUAAAAGCUUUAUAAACAGUUCAAAUCUUAUUAUCCACAGAAGAGUUCACACAGGAGAAAGGCCCUAUAUAUGUAGUGAAUGUGGGAAAAGUUUUCGGCACAGCUCAGAUCUUGUUAGGCACCAAAAAGUCCAUACCGGAGAAAGGCCAUACUCGUGUGAGGAGUGCGGGAAGUGCUUUUUCCGUAGUUCUCAUCUGGUUAGACACAAGAGGAUUCAUACAAAAGCCUAGAAAUGUGUUUAUAUGGAGAUUUGUCAUGUACAUAGUAAAGCUAAUAAUUUCUUUCUCCCUUCUCAAAAGUUUAAUUUUGUGUAGGAAUUUUUUUUUUUGUUAUGUGAACAUUUUCAGUUGGGUACAAAGUAUUAACCUUCCUAAGGGUUAGGUUGGCUACACAGUAAAUUGCUGGCUGGCCAUAUUUUCCUGCGUGGGGUUUCUGAGAGAUCUGAAUCAGUUGUUUAAGAUGUCAUCUCUCUUAUUUGAAAUCCUAUUGGCUGGCGAUCUCCAUUAGCAUGUGUGGUUAAUGUUUGGUCAUCUGUCAGCCAGUAGUAGCAUGUGCAGAAAUUCUCACGCAGUCCAGUCAUUUGUGGCAGUUUGGCCAUUGUGUGUGUGACCAAAUGAUAUAUGCUUAGAUCUAUCCAGAAUUGCCCAGGAUGUUCCCACUGUCAGAAUGCUCUUUUUAGUAAAUGCAGUACUUAUGUAAACAUGAAGCUCAACUGAUAUAUUGCACUGACAGAAUGGUUAUGCAUUUUGACACUUGAGAGGGAGGCUAGGAGGUUAGAAUAAAUCUUAUAUUUUUUUUCCUUUAACAUUAUAAAUGUAACUUAUUGUUUAUGCAUUGCUGCAUAUUUGCAGUUGUACGCGGUGGAAGCUGCCACUUUGCCUGCAUUCGUUGUGGCAUCCUCUGCAGACUUCUAGUAGCACAGCACCACCAAGUGGUCAUAAAUAAAUGUUGUUUAGGCCAGUUCCUUAUAGUGAUAAAGGAGCUUUGAUCUAUUUGUAUAAAUCAAAUGUGCAGAGAUGGAAUGUGCACACAAACCAAGGGCCUCAGUUUUUACUAAUUUUUUUUAAGGGAGAACUUCAACUGAAGUUCAAAAUGUGUUGUGAAUAUCUUAUUAACUUUUACUCUCAGUGACCAUAUGUAUAUAACCAAUGAAUCGUCAAUAGAUAACCAUAACAUUUUCUGUAUUUUGUGUUUGCUGCAAUGUACAGUAGGAAUAUUGCUUGCAUGCAAUGUAUCAUGCACAGAUUUACAGGUUGCAGGUGUCGGUGUGAGAGGUAGCACACAACUUAAAGGACAAUGAAAGGUUAAUAUAAAUUAAAAGUAA